AUGCAAAAAAUUCCGACAAUAGGUAUUGUCGGUGGUGGUAUAGCUGGUCUUACGUCAGCUUACUAUCUGUCACAAAAAGUAGCACGUUCUAAAAUUCCUCAUUUACGUAUUCUAUUACUUGAACGAUCAUCGCGUUUCGGCGGUUGGAUACAAUCGAAUCAACUUGAACCAAAAUAUGAUUCACAUGUAUUUGAACUUGGUGCACGAACAAUACGUUUGCAUAGUGGCGUUGCAUCAUUGAGUAGUCAUUCAGCAAUUAAUACAUUAAAAUUACUUGAACAACUUAAUAUAUUCAAUAGUCAAUUUUGUCCUAUUGAGAAAACUUCUGCCGUAUAUAAAAAUCGACUUAUUUAUCAUAAUAAAAAAUUAAUCAAUCUCAAUGAUUUAUCAUUAGUAUUCGGUGGAAAACCAUUGCGCUAUCCGCCAGUUUUUUAUGCUCUUUAUGAAUAUUUUUCUGAAAAAGGUCGAAUUCCAGUUCAAGAUGAAACUAUUAAAUCAUUUAUUUAUCGCCGUUUCGGUCAUGUUUUAGCUGAAGAUAUAGUCGAGUAUUUACUUGAUCCACUUUUUAAAGGUAUUUACGCUGGUAAUGUUUCAAAUUUAAGUGCACGAAGUGUAUUAAAGAAGAUUUUCAAUCUCGAACAACGUUAUGGUUCUAUUUUUCAUGGUUUAUUAAAAACAAGAAACGAUAAACAAAAAGAAGAUCCAGUACAUUUUCUUUUUGAUGAUUUAAAUUUAAAAGAUUAUUCAACACUUUUAAAUAAAUAUGCAAUUUAUUAUUUUAACGAUGGAAUGGAAAUACUCGUGAAAACAUUAGUCAAUCAUCUUCAAUCGCUACCGAAUGUUGAAUUAAAAGUGAAUCAAACAAUAAAAGAAAUUCAAUUUCAAGAAAAUACUCAAAUUGAAAUUUCAACACAAUCAAAUGAAAAAUAUCAUAUUGAUCAUUUAAUAAGUGCUCUGCCAGCAUUUGAAUUAGCAAAUUAUCUUGACAGUAAACGUGAUGAAAUUUUACGUUCAAGAUUAAAUCAAAUACCAUUUGUUAAUAUGAUUGUUAUUAAUUUACUUUAUGAAAGAGAAGAUAUAUUUCCAAAAGCGGCAUUCGGCUAUUUAAUUCCGUCACGCGAAAAUUCACAUUUACUUGGAGUUUUAUUUGAUUCAUGUGUGCGACAUCAGACUGAUAAACAAAAACGUGGAUCACAAUUAACUGUGAUGAUGGGUGGAGCAUGGUUUGAUCAAUUGAGAUUAGGACAAUGUUCAGAUGAACAAUUAAUGCAUAUUGUUUCGACUGAAUUAAAAAAACAAAUGAAUUUGGAUCAAAAACCAUUAUUUUACUCUAUAGCAAGACUCAAUAAAGCAAUACCCAAUUAUUAUGUUGGCCAUGAAGAUGUCCUUGAUGAUAUUAAUACACUUGUUCGACGUAAUAAUUUGCCGUUGACUCUUGUUGGAAAUUCAUAUCGUGGUAUUGGCAUUAGUGAUGUGAUUUAUGAUGCUAGAGUUGAAGUUGAAUAUCUUAAUUUAGAGACUAUGAAACGAAAAGCGUGA